UCCAAGUUAGCGUGUAGUGAAAAAAGCAUUUUCGUCUCUUUGUUUACACCGUGGAUAGGUCCUGUAAAUGUUUGAGUUGUUAAAUAUUUAGUUGCUGAAAAUUAUGUCUCAACGAAAUUUGACGGAUUUGUAUUCCAUGCUACGAAAUAAUGUUGUGUAUAAUAAACAUUUAUAUACGGAUACGAACAACUCUGAUCAUAUCGCACUUCUUGACCAUGGAUUAAAUGAAGCCGAUGAUCCUGAGCAACCCGCCUGGAUUAGAAUUUACGACGACAUUGUUUGUUUACUCACCAGAACUCAAACCAAAAUUGACGAUUUGGUUCAUAUUCAAGAUGCUCCUGCUCGUUUGGUACUCAAUGAAAACGGUGGUGACGAAUUAAAGGGUGGCCAGUUUAUAACUGAAAGAAAUGCUCGUUUUCACUCGUAACAUACACCCCCGCGGUGGGUAAGACUCGCAGGAUACCCUCAAUCCACGAUACUCGUUACACCUCGUCAUUAAUGGGUAGAACUGCUAUCUUCGUGGUAGCUCGU